AGUGCUCUAAACUCAAACAGUUCUCAGAGUCACACCUUGGCAAACUAUGAUCCCAUAACCAGGGACAGUGCAACUACUUACAAGACGAUUCAGCCUGAGGACAGACUUCACCUUACCCUGUUUAAGGGUUCCCAGUUUAAGAUUGAAGAUCUGUACACUGUACAGGUGUACCCCAGGAAAGCUGCAAGGAAUACAAGCCACUGGAUACUAAAUCCUACUGAUAUUCCCUGAGAUUGGCCGGCCCUCCUAUGACAUUACAUCCAAACACAGAGGGGCAGAGUCUAUGCCCACUCUGAUGAAUGCAUGAGCUGAUCUUCAGAACUGUCUAAAGCAACAGUUUGGGUGGCUGAGUGUCACUGUGAAACCACCUGUUUUUAGUGUUUUGGCUUCACUCUCCAGUUUAAAGGUGGUUAUCACCCUUGAGCCUAAUGAAAAGGACCUCUCUACUAGCCUCAGUAAAAACCACAUACCAUGUGCAAGCUAAUGAGGUGGCUGGCAAUGAUGAUGCUUUGUGUCCUGGUCAAUUCACAAAAUUUCAAGCCAACUAAGGCUCCCAUGUUCCAGGACAAGCCAUUCAUCGUGUUCUGGAAUGCACCCACUUCUCAGUGCAAGAAUCACCAUCAUGUGGAUCUCAAUCUUGAUACCUUUGGCAUUGUUGUAAACCCUAAUGAGGCCCUUAAUGGUGACAAAGUUACCAUAUUUUAUCAUGACGUAUUUGGGUAUUAUCCUUACAUCUCAGACAGUGGGGAAUCCUUUCAUGGAGGAGUACCCCAGAACCAGAGACUUCCAAAUCACUUAUCAAAAGUCCAGAAAGAUAUCGACCGGGUCCUCCCAUCUAAGGACUUCCAGGGGCUUGCCGUCAUUGACUGGGAAAACUGGAGGCCCCAGUGGAUUAGGAAUUGGGACAGUAAAACAAUCUAUAGGAACCACUCGAUCAAUCUGGUUAGAAGUCGUCAUCCUUCUUGGCCUGAUUCCAAAGUGAAAAUCGUGGCUCAAGAGGAAUUUGAAAAGGCUGGCAAAAAUUUCAUGAAUUCUACUCUCAAUCUGGGCUUAAAAAUGAGGCCCCAGGGACACUGGGGUUAUUACCUUUACCCAGAAUGCUACAAUUAUGAUUACAAAAAACACCCACAUCAGUACACGGGUAAAUGCUCCAACAUUGAAAUUUCCCGCAACAAUGAACUCCUCUGGCUGUGGAGAGCAAGUACGGCACUAUUCCCUUCCAUAUACUUGCCGGAGAUCUUGAAGUCAAGCACCCAUGUUCUGAAAUUUGUUCACCAUCGGGUUAGAGAAGCAAUACAAGUUGCCGCUGUUGCUAGAAGAGAUUAUGUUUUGCCUGUUUUUGUUUACUCCAGACCAUUUUACUCCUAUAGCCUCAAGCCUUUAACUCAGGUUGCACUAAAUUUGAUGGCCUCACAAAUAAUUUCUCCUAUCAUGAAAAGAGGAUUUAAAAGACAAUUAAAAGUCCACAUUAUUCAGCCAGCCCAUCUCUUGUCAUGGCUACUGAUAUCAUUUCUUUUGGAACUCACUUCUUCGUUGAAACUGGCCCAGCAUCCGAUUUUUCAGAAGAAACCUUUCAUAGCUGUUUGGAAUGCCCCUACAGACCAGUGUCUGUUGCGGUACAACACUGGAAUUAAUCUGAGAACGUUUCACAUCACUGGAAGCCCCUUAGCCAAAGCCAAAGGACAGAUUGCCACCAUUUUCUAUGUCAACAGACUGGGCUAUUAUCCUUGAUGUAGUGCAGAAGGUGUUAAUGGUGGCCUUCCUCAGAAUGCCAGCUUGCAAACCCACCUGAUCAAAGCUGACUGAGACAUAAGACAUCACUACAUUCCUGCUGAGGACUUCUGGGGUCUGGCCAUGAUAGACUGGGAAUACUGGAGGCCCCAGUGGUCAUGCAACUGGAAUGCCAAGGAUGUUUACAGGUGGAAAUCUAGGCAGCUGAUUUCUGAGAGACUAGGAAACUUGUCAGCCAGCAGUCUGGACCACUCCGCCAAGGUCUCCUUUGAAGAAAGCGUGAAGGCCUUCAUGAAGGAACCCAUUGAAUUGGGCAUGAGGAACCAACUUUGGAGCUACUACUUAUAUCCGGAUUGCCACAAUUAUAAUUUCCAUGAGCAGAACUACACUGGCUCCUGCCCUGAAGAUGAAGUUUGGAGAAAUAAUGAACACUUCUGGCUCUGGAACAGCAGUGUUGCCUUGCAUCCCUCCAUAAGUGUCAAGAGGGCCCUCGGGAACAGUAAAAACCUAUGGCUCUUCUCUCUGUUUAGGGUGAAUGAGUCCUUGAGGAUUUCUACCAUGAUGUCCCGUGACUACGCUCUACCUGUCUUUGUCUACACAAGGCUGGGCUAUAGAGAUGCCCCUUUGACAUUCCUUUCUAUGCACGAUUUGAUUAACACCAUAGGAGAAAGUGCAGCUCCGGGUGCGGCAGGUAUUGUCAUCUAGGGAGACAUGAAUUUAACCUCGUCUGAGGGCAACUGUACGAAGGUGAGGAGGUUUAUUACUUCCGAUUUAGGGAACUAUCUCAUCAAUGUCACCACAGCCGCAGAAGAGUGCAGCCGGCAUUGCUGCAGGAAUAAUGGGAGGUGCGUUUGGAAGGCCUGGAAUGUCCAUGAUUACCUGCACCUGAACCCUCAAAGCUACCACAUAGUGGUCUCUGAGAAUGAGGAAUUUAUGGUGAAGGGAGAAGCCUCUGUCACAGACUUAGAAGUCAAGGAAGAUAAAUUUUCCUGCCACUGCUAUCGGGGGUAUGGAGGAGCAGACUGCAGGAAUGUUAACCCAUCUGAAGAACCUCCUGGCAGCCCUGCAACUCUCCUGUUUUCUGGAUUAUUAGCAAUGUUGUGUCUGCUGGCUUUAGCCUGUCAUCGGGGUAUCCAACUGUGA